GCACUUCCGGUAACAUCAUUGCACAACUUCCUUCAACUGAUACACUGAAAUUUGGAGAUAUUGGCCCUUGUGGUGCAAUACCCACCAGGUGUAUAUAUAUACCGGCGUCUUCACUGAUCAUUGCUCCGAGCCUAUUCCUCCCUUCUUGUAGGAGUGAGGUAGUAAGGUUAAGUUUAUUACAGAGGUUUUACAUUUUGUACUUUUUUCAUCUUUGUUUGCAUUAUUUAGGUCUUGACCGAGUGAGGUAGGACAGUCACCUGACAAUCUAACCAGUGAUUAUUUUCGCCAAGUCUUUUGCAGACUUAAAGGCAGCGUUGUUGCUGGAAACUUCAAACAGCAGAAGAAAUUUAAUCACGUUCAAAUCAACAAGUUCAGAGGAUUUGAAAACAAAGAUCAAUCUGUUCAAGCAACAGCCAAUCGAAGGUUCAGUUGAUCAGGUUAUGUCAUUUGCUUCAGGACAAUUGUGCAGAUUUUAUUCACGAGGAAAGAUAUGUCGGUACGGUGACGCUUGUCGAUAUCAGCACACAGUGAGAGAUUUAUCAACUGCUAGUGAUCACCAAGCUGGUAGACCACUUGCUGAAGAAUCUCCUCCGUCACUCUUGAACCCAGGUGAAAGUUGUCCCAAGAUCACCCCUGAAGGUAACUAUGAAGGCCUAAAUCAAGAAAACUGUGAUCAGGUUGUUUCUCAGGCGAGCAACAGUUUAAGUGAAACUACCUCAGGUAUCAAAAUAUGCAGUUUUUUUGCUAAACGCAGGUGGUGCAGUUUUGGUAAGAAGUGUCGUUUUCUUCACGAAAUUCCUGACACUCAACAUGCAGUAAGUCAAGCAUCUUCAAUUGCUCCAGUCCCAUCCACUGCAGAUUCGUUACCUUUUCAACAAAAAGAUAAUGAAGAUGAUUCACAAGCAGUAGACAGACAACAAGGACCUGAAACAUCUUCUCAUGAUGACAAGAAGAAUGAAAAAAGAAUUUGUAAUUUCUUUGCUAGAACUGGACGUUGUCACUAUGGGCAACGGUGCCAUUUCCAACAUGACAAAAACCAUCGACAAGUUGUUAAACAAUCACAAAAUAUCGAUCGAGAAAGUAAGAAAGAGACGGUGCAAGCCUCAGAGAAAUCAAAGAGUGUGCUUGAUCGGCCUGACCCAACCAGAAGCAAUAAGAGACUUUGUCCUUAUUUCAAAAAAGGGUACUGCAGAUGGGGAGAGAGAUGUCGGUUUUGGCAUCCCAUGGACAUGAUGGAUGAUUUGAUUGAAAAUUUUGAUGAGUCAGUUGAUAUUCAAGAAACAAGCAAUCAUGGCAAUACCAAGAUUGCGGCUGAAUCUAAGGAUUCUACAAAUGGUUCUGGAGCCAGACAACAGAUGAGCUCAGGUCAAAGACAGCAGACCUUUCCCAGCAGGCCCCCUGUUAAGCCCCCAAAUCAGAAAAUCCUUUUGAGAAGAGAGACAGCUUCUCAAGAGGAAAUGGAUAAGCUAAGAAAGACAGAGAUUGAUCAACUGAAAAAAAGGUUCCCCAGAGACAGAUGCAAAGUCAUAAAUGAUGAUCCGGACACUUUUCAGUGCAAUGUCAACUUCCAUCCAAGUGACCCUGAUUGGCCAUAUGAUGUCAAGAACUUUGAACUUGAGUUCACUAUUCCUUCUACCUACCCCCGUGAGAUGCUGAGUAUCACUCUGCCAGAGGAUCAAGAUUUGCCAGCUACAGUGGGAAGAUACCUGGACAGUUGUGUUGUUGGUUGGGUGAAGGAGAAAAGGGACUAUUUGGAAACACAAGGAAAUUAUGAGAUUAUCUUCAGACCAUUUCUCCGAUGGUUUGACAAGAGCCUUGAAGCUAAUGUUACUGAAGCACUGAAACAGAUGAAAAGAGAAAUUGUGGCGAAGGCAGCUGGUUUCCAGUUCAUUAAUGCCACUGAGCUGCAGACUAAGUACAAGGCAUCGGAAAAUAAUGAGGACUUGGAACUGGACGGCUCAGAGGAAGAUUCUGAUGAGUACAGCGACGUGGAUUCAGGGGAAACUUGCUCAGAUGAGGACAGCGAGCCUACACCUGCCUCUCACAAUACUGACCGUGAUAUGGACACGGAGAAGAAAGGAACAGAGAUCACUUUGAAAAAUCUGCAGUUGCGAGAAGGAGCAAACACCCUGAUGUGUGACAAGAUUCACAUAACUAUUCAGUGUGGACGAUGCAAGAACCACACUGACUUCAACACUCCUUCUCAUAGAAUCAACUCCGUGUCCUGCACCAAGUGUAACCAGUCCCAACUGCUCACCUUCCGACCAGUGCUCAUGCACCAGUUCUCCUCAGUCAUGGGUUACCUUGACCUUGAAAACUGCACAGCCUUUGACCUUGUGCUACAAGAUUGCGAAGCAAGGGUUGGCUGUGUCAACUGCUCUAAAGAGUCGAAGAUCAGUGGUCUGCUUCCUGGUCAGGUGUCCAACACCUGGUGUCGUCACUGCCAUCAGAAGAUGAAGAUUGCUACGGAUACUGUACAGUUUUUUCAACUUCAGCCAUCUGGUGUUGUCACAGACCCCAAGCAGAAGGUUCACGAGGUUGCAAUUAAGAAACGAAGGGUACUGAAGGACCCUGCAAUAAAGGAGGGCAAGCCACUGCCAGACAAUGGUGCCUGCAAACACUACAAGAAGAGUUACCGCUGGUUCAGGUUCCCCUGUUGUGGCAUGGUGUACCCUUGUGAUGUGUGUCAUGACGAGCAGUCCGAUGGCCAUGAGAUGGUGUUUGCCAACAGAGUCAUCUGUGGCUUCUGCUGUAAGGAACAGAUGUAUGCCCCAGACCGACCGUGUGUGACUUGUCAGCAGAUGUUGACCCGAGGGAAGUCCUCACACUGGGAGGGAGGUUUGGGAUGUCGCAACAAGGUCAAGAUGGGCAAGAAUGACAGCCAGAAGUACAGCAGUUUGAACAAGACGAUAUCCAGACAAGCUCAGAAGCUGAAGGAGAGCAGGCUCAAGAAGGGAAACAAACACCGAAAUGCUUAGCAUCGUUUAGUGUGCUUGCUGCUUUGGUCAGCAUCUUCAGCUGUGCUGCCAUGAUUGUAGACGUCAUGUCCACAUCAUACAACAUUGUGGGGGUGAUACCACCAUCUACUAUCGGCCGACUCAAAGUACAUAAAGGCAGCCAUAUUUGAGUCCUUCACCUACCAUAUAUAUUUCUGUACCACGUUCAUUACUCGACCUGCUUGACAAAGGUAUAAGGUUGUAUACUGAAAUGUCGCUAUUACAGUAUAUUAAAGUUGUUAUCCAUAAACUUGAUGCUAAUAAAGCCUUUUAUUUGAAAUAAAGUUGACACAUUUAGUUUUGAACUUAUUUGAUCAGAUUAAAAAUUCUAUUAUAAUGUGUACUAAUGUUUUAAACUUUUCUAAGAACUUGAUUUCAAUAUGAUUAUUAACUAUUGCCUUUAUGUUUUUAAGAUAAUUACCAAUUAUUACAGAAAUUUGAAUAUGCGUUUUCCAAGUGUAUCUGUAUUAUUGGUCUUUAUGUUCAACUUGUAGGAAUUAUGUACAAGUCCUAUCUGCUUGUUUAGAUCAUAGUAUAGUACAUUAAGUAUAAGAAUAAAAUAUGCAGCUAGACACUGUGGUAAAUCUGUGAAUAAAGCAUUUGGAUCUUGA